CUCUCUCUCUUCUAACACCUCACAAGGCCACAACCUCUCCCUCCCUCUCUCUCUCUCUCUCUCUCUCUCUAACAGUGCACUUACUCACUUCUUGUUACAAGCCUCUAAUGGCCAUAAGGAAGUGCUCCUCCAACAAGCUCCCACAAGGCACAACUCUGAAGCAGAUACUAAAGAGGUGUUCAAGCUUAGGUAGAAAGCAAGGAGUAGGAGGAGGAGACGAUAAGCUCCCCCAAGACGUACCCAAAGGCCACUUUGCGGUGUACGUGGGGGAGCACCGGAGCAGGUUCAUCGUCCCCAUCUCGUACCUCUCCCACCCCGAGUUCCAAACCCUGCUUCGGCGCGCCGAAGAGGAGUUCGGGUUCGACCACGACAUGGGUCUUACGAUCCCCUGCGAGGAAGUCGUUUUCCGCGAACUCAUCGCCUCCGCAGUGAUGUAGAAGAGAAGUACGCAGAAGAAGAGAAGAUCAGAGAAGAAGAUACAGAAUUAUUCUGUUUUUCAAUAUUUAUCUCUCUCUCUCUCUCUCUCUCACUCUCUCACUGUGUUUCCUACUUUUGUUUUGGGGGGAUCUUUGAUUAGAGUAGGGAACUUAAUUAGUUAGUGUUGUAGUGAUUCUAACACAUGAGUUCGAUUUGUACAUCUGUGGAGAAGCUUUUUGCUGUUGCGAGAAGCACUGCGAGAGCUGAGUAGUUUAGGAAGAGGAUCGAAGAGGGAGGUGAUGAUGUACCUCCUAUGAAAAAUAAUAUGUAACUAUAAGCAACUACUCUUGUUCUAAUUAAUUCUUCUUUGGGACA